UAAAUCAAAAUCUGCAUAUUCUAAAAAUCCUUUUUUCCUCCUCCUCUCUCUCUUUUUAUUAUUUUUUUCCCUGAAUACUUGUGUUUGUUUAAGGGCGUCCAAAUGGACCUCCCAACCCCUAUGGCCUCGUGGUUUUUCCUUUGCAAAACAUUAGGGGAAGCCGGAACCCGAACCCCCAUCCCAUUUAGAAGCAGCUGGGGGAGGCCGUGGAGCUCAUUCGGAGGGCGGCUAAGCCGAAGUAGGCGCGCGGCUGUGGCGAACGUGAGGGAAGCCCGGAUCUUUAGCCUAUCGUUCUCAAAGAUGAGUUCUCUGGGCUUGUUUCCUCCGUUUUUAGUGCAUUUGCUUUGAUUUGUAGGGUGUUUGCUCAAUGGGAAGGAUUUGGUACUUGGGAGGUUUAUUGAGCUCAUAGGAAAAGAAGAUUGGGGUGCAAAACAUGAAAAGGUGGGAUCUUGGGCAUGAAGGGCAUGAAUGUGAUUGUUGGAGUGAUAGUUUGAUCCUUUUUUCUGGGUGGGCUUUUGAUGGUGGUUUUUGGAAUCUCGCAAGGAUGCUGUUUCUGGUUUGAAAUUUCUUUUAUUUCUUUGGGAUCUAGAAAUUUUAAAAGUUGUUUUAUGCUCUGUGGAGAUGAAUGCGUUAGGAUUUAAGGCUUUUGAGUCUGGGGUUGUCCCUAGCUGGGCAAAGGUAGGGUGAAGGGCAAAAAUUUCUGGAUUCCUCUUGCUGUCUGUAGUGUUUUUCUUGGAACAUUUUGGAUUACUUUGGGAAAUUGGGUUUGGGUCGUGUUUUUUAGGCGAUUUUGGUGGAAAGUUCUAUUUUAUGUGAUUUUCAAACGGAAGGUUUCUGUUGAAUCCACAAAUCGGAAAUUUCAGGUUUGGUUGGGCCUUUGUUUGGGCUGUUUUCUUUCCCCCUUCGCUGUCUGUUAGGGAGUGAUUUGGAGAUGAACCGAAGAACCCCCAACCUGAGAUUUCAGGGUCUAUUUGAAGAACUUUAGUCAGCGUAAGUAGCCUGUGGGGAAAUGGGGCAACAAAACUUGAAUGAAGAACAGGGAUCUAAGGAGGAGGUGACAGUGAGAAUGUUAUUUGGAGAAGAAGUUGAUGUUUUUGACAAGGAUGAAUUUGAAGGCUCGAAGGAAGAACAUCAGAUAUUUAUGGAGCUUUUUUAUGGAAGCAGUGCUGAUGAUGCAAGUAAUAGUAAUAAUUUCUCAAGUAGGAGAAAUUUCCAAUUGCAUGAGUGUGCCCAUUCAAAAUCAUUGGCCAAUUUAAAUUGUGAUGGCUCAGUUCUGACGAGUUACUCUUCCCUGAAAGGUUCAUCUAAUGAACAGUUUGAGAGUGUGAAGAUAAAUCUUGGAGAAUUAACUGGAUUGGAACGCUUUCCUGAGAGCUCUUCUUCUUGGGCAGGAUCAGAUGCUCCCAAUGUCAAUAUGAAGAGGAUAUCAUCUGUUGCACUAUUAAAUAACAUGAAUAAGGAACAUAACAUUAAUUUGGCUGAGACUAAUUUUAGUUUGGUUGACUUGGAUCCAUCAAAGGUUGCUUCAAGUGUGCCCAUGCAAGAUCCUCUCCAUCUUCAUCAACAAGCACCGUGCCGCAUAGUUGAAACAUGUGGUCAGGGCAUCUUAUCUAGUUACUAUCUGUUUAGUGGACAGGAAGAAAUGGAUGGAACUGGUGAUAUUGAUGAUGCUAUGGUCUUUAAUAAUAAAUGCAGAAGUCAACACAACAAAGAUGGCAAGACAGUUAUUGAGUCUAAAUUGGUAACAUCUCCUGCUUCUCAAGAGAGCUUUGUUCCUAGGCUUUUGGUAGCUUCUGCAUCUUCUGCUUCCAUGGGGAUGCCUGGAGCACUAGUGUGCAUGAACUAUGGUGCCCAAGGGUCGAGUAUUCUGAAGUCAAACACAAUUGGUGCUGCAUCAAAGAGGGAUUUUAUUAGGGAUCUUCCUGACCGCCUCCGUGCACAUGCCAAUUGCCUUCUUAUAGAUGCAGGAUGGAAAAUUGAGCCUCGUAGAAGGAGUGACAGAACUAAAAUGGCUUCCUAUUUCAUAGCUCCUGUUCCUGUACAAGGACCUGCUAUCACUUCGCUCUCUCAAGCCUGGAGGACAUGUGGUCAGAAAUUAUAUGCUGAUGCAUCAGAAUCAGAACAGAAUGAAUGUGGAAGGGAAUGGGAAAAUGUUGACAGGUUUUGGGGCGAUCUGGCAGAUGUACUGGUGUUCAUUGAGAAAAAGACUCAGGCUUCAGAAAACUCUCUACCACUUCUUCAGAGAUGGCAACUUCUUGAUCCUUUCAUCGCGGUGGUGUGCAUUGACAGAAAAAUUGGUGUUCUGAGAGAAGGAGAGGCACUGAAAGCUGUUAAUAGUGGAACAUUUCUUCUGAAUGAAAGAAAGAAUGCCAUUUUGGUGGAUGAUAGUGUGGACAGAGUAUGCAAUCACCUUGCAUCAUCCAAUUUAUGUCCACUUGGUAGUUUGACUAGUACUAUUCUACCAGCCAUAGAUCUUGAUCACAGGGCUAAGAUGAUUGAAGAUUCCAAAAACCAGCAAGGUUUACAGCAUUGUGAAGAUUUGCAGAUCAGGCACCAAUACAGGGGAGGAAAACAGAAACUUAAUUGUUUGGGAAUGCAGAAGAAAAGCCAUAGAAGCCUUUCCAGGCACAUAAGAAAGGAAUUAUCUGCUACUAGGUGUUCGCAUGACAUGACUUGCUGCAAGGCCUGGGCAAGUCACCGUGAUAAAACAACUGGGUCAGCCAGUAAAUUGGAAUCUGAUUUAGGAAUACCAGAGUCUCAUGAUCCAGUGCCUGUUAAAGUUGCUCAUUUGAAUACAUCCUACAAUCAGAAAAAUGGGGUGCCUUCUAGUUCUAAUGGUGAAUUCCUCAUGGUUGGUGAACCAUGUGAAUUUACAAGAAGUAAUCAGCAGAUGCCAGCUCUUUAUACAGAAGGGAGGACGGUUAGUGAUGAAACUGAUGAACGCUAUAAGGAAGAUGGGAAUGUUUCUGGGAUUUCUCAGAAUAGCAUUGUUGAAGUUGUUGCAGAAGCUGGGCCCUACAAGAUUGGCACGGAGAGUCAUUUUGUGGCUGAAAAGGCUGGGAGCAUUGAGGCUUUAACAUCUGAACUGGAGCUGGUUUUUGUAGCAAAGCCAGCAAAUGGUUCUGCUAAAAAGGCACGUAAGAGGUCCAAGAAAAUAUCAGAAAUUGAAGCUACUGAAGUCAGCAGUUUUUAUGAUGGAACUACAAGAGAGGUUUUCAGCUUCCCUAUGGAUGGAAAGAUUGAUGAUUAUGUUGGACUUCCACUUGGUCCGGAAGAGUCCUGUAUACUGAGAUGGGAAUCAACUUCAGGAUGCAUAAAGCAGGUACAGUAUCUUGAAAAGAACCAUUCUCUUGAUGCUUCAGAAACUGAAAAAGCUCAUGCAUCUGCAGUACCAAAAGUUCUUCUGGCAAGAAAGGCACAAAAGAAGCACGUUAAACCAGAAACUAAUGCAGCAAAGCCGGGUGGCAAGGACAAGAAAGGCAAUAUAACCAUGCAUUUGAAGGACGAACCUGGAAGUAAUAUGUUGAAUGUAGAUGGAGAUCAAAAAGAUAUAGCAUGGCUUAAAUCAUCAAAAGCUGAAGUUAAGGCAAAAUGGUUAGGUUCAAAAAAAUCCAUGUCUAUGAAUAAAACCCAGCAAAAAUUGUCAUCCUUGUCCAAAAAGCUCCAGCGUCAGUGUCUUGAUUUUGAAGAAUCAGUUGUUGCAUCAGAUGAUGGCAAUAUUCCGACAGAAUCCCAUGCCAAUGAAAAAAUUCUUAAAUCUGGUGUGUCUUCUGUCACACAGAAGAGGCAAAAAGUGUUCACGCCAAACAAACCUGGAGCAUGUAAGAAAAGUGGACGGAAGCGGCCACGUGGAUUUCGUAUCAAUGAUGAUGACUUGCUAGUUACCGCAAUCGUUAAAAACAAAGAUUUCAGCUCAUGCAAUAAAAGAGUUGCUUCAAAAGUAGGGGCUUCUCCAUCAAAAGCAUUAAGAAAGCUUAAAAGUCAAAAGCGUGGUUGUGGUUUGCUCCUGCGGACUCCUGGAAAAGGUGGAAAGCUCUCCAUAAAUGGGAAACGAUUAAUCCUGGGAGCAAGAACAGUGCUAUGCUGGUUGAUCGAGAUGGGUGUUGUAUCAUCCAAAGAUGUUCUGCAGUACAGGAACCUGAAGAACAAAGCCAUGGUAAAGGAUGGGUGGAUUUCUAGAGAUGGAGUUCUUUGUAAAUGCUGCUCCAGGAUCCUUUCAGUGACUGACUUUAAGUUACAUGCUGGUUCCAAUUUGCAAAAACCAUCUUCGAAUCUUUUCCUGGAAUCUGGUAAGUCAUACACCCUCUGUCUGCUUGAGGCAUGGUCUGAUGAAUACAAGUUGAGGAAAAACCAUAUGCAAGUCAUGGAAGUUGAGGAGGUGGAUCAAAAUGAUGAUACCUGUGGUUUUUGUGGUGAUGGUGGUGAGUUAAUAUGUUGUGAUAACUGCCCAUCUACCUAUCAUCGAGCAUGCUUGCCUGCACAGGAGAUUCCAGAAGGCAGUUGGUAUUGCCGCAAUUGCCUUUGUAAGACCUGUGGGGAUGUGGUUAAAGGAAAAGAAGCUUCAAGUUCUCUUGCUGUAUUAGAAUGCUCCCAAUGUGAAAAUAAAUAUCAUGAUAGAUGCCUGCAGGAAAAAACUGUUUGCAAUUUUCCUGUUUGCAAUGGUGAUGCGGGACCUUGUACAUGGUUUUGUGGGAGAAAUUGUCAGGAGGUUUACUUGGGUCUGCAUUCUCGUGUUGGAGUUCUGAACUGUCUUGGUGAUGGGUACUCAUGGACCAUUCUGAGAUGCAAUCAUGAAUUUAACUCCACACAGAAAAUAGCACUAAUGGCAGAAUGCAAUGCAAAGCUAGCCAUUGCCCUGGGUAUCAUGGAGGAAUGCUUCCUUCCAAUGGUGGAUCCUAGAACAGGCAUAGACAUGAUACCACAUGUCUUGUACAAUAGGGGGUCUAACUUUGCUCGCUUAAAUUAUCAAGGGUUUUACACUGUAGUCUUGGAAAAGGGUGAUGAAAUCAUAUCGGUCGCAUCCAUCAGGGUGCAUGGAGUUACAGUGGCGGAGAUGCCUCUCAUUGCAACUUGCAGUGAGCAUCGUCGCCGAGGAAUGUGUAGAAGGCUGGUGGAUGCUGUAGAAAAGAUGCUGAAAUCCUUCAAAGUCAAGAUGCUUGUUUUAUCAGCCAUUCCAAAUUUGGUUGAUGCAUGGACAUUGGGUUUUGGAUUUAAACCCAUUGAGGAUAAUGAGAAAAGAUGGCUUGAUCAGGUGAACUUAAUGCUGUUUCCCGGAACCUCAUUAUUGAUAAAGAGAUUGGAUGACAUUUCAGCUAAAGCAUCAGAAAAUGCAGGAGUGAGAAGUGAUUUAUAUCUUAGUGAAGAUCAGCCUCAGAAUCUAGGUGGUUCCAGUGAGAUGAGUGAUACUGAGGUUGGAAAACAAGAUGCUGAAAAUGCUAGAGUUCAUCUCAAUGCAGAAUCCUUGCCUGCAAAAAGCAUAUGACUUAGAAAAGCAGACAAUGGGCUGACCAUCAGCAGGGUAAUUUACUAAUGUCGGCAUCUGAUCCCCUCUUUUUCAGCCUGACCUAGUGAACAUAGUGUCAGCAAUAUUGAGUCACUCAGCACAAGGAUUAGAAAGCACUGACAUGUAUGAGAUGGAUAGGUUCUGUUCAAUAGAGCAUGCUGUUGCCACCCAGAUGCUAGUUGCUCCUAUAUCUACUGCUUAACAUUCUUGUUUUAGCUCUCUGUCUUCUCCAGAUACAGAUUUCAUUUACUCCUGAUCCCAGUUCUGGAGAACUGAAGGCAUCAUCAGGGAUGCAAAAUCGAACACCAUUGGAUGUCAAUUUAUAUAUCAUGAGGUAGGGGAAAAUGCCAUGAACAGAUUUAGUAGAUUAAAUUCUGGAAGUGAUGAAGUUGAACAGAAGGGCUUCUUUGAUGCUUCAGAAGCUGAAAAUUGGAGCUGCUUAACUGGAAUGGCUACAGGAAAAUUUUUGGUAAUCAGCAACUCAAGAACCUGCAACAGUUGAUUCAUUCAAGUUGAGAUUAGUCCAAUGUCAGGAAUUUGCUAUCAGGAAACUGCUAAGGAAGCCAAUAUAACUUAUCAAAAACAAGUUUUUCUGGAAAGAAUGGCUGAAUCUGACUGCCGAAAUGGUAAACCUUGAGAGAAACUGUAUAUAAAUAUGUUUAAUUGAACUUUGUUAGUGGAAAAAGCAGUGGUCUGCCUAUUUAGUCUCUGAAGGUUACAGUCAGCAUUAUGCUUUAACCAAUUUACCGAAUAGAAGUUUCAGCCACAAGAGGCACCAGGAGUCUAUAUAGUUGAUUUUAUUUGUUGUGGUUUUAACUGGCUCAAAUCUAGGGCUAUCUAAUUCUGCAGAGCAAUUACUUGAUCACCUGUCAGAUGAAUCUUGCAUUUGACCAAUCAUAUGAAAAUGGAAGAAAAUAAUGUUGUUACAGCAAGCAGCUUUUUCUAAAUGUUUUUUUCCUAGUGAAUUAUUGUGAGAGUUCUAUUCUGAGGCUAUUGACUGAGUUGUCCUUCAGAUACAUAUCAACCAGAUAGGCUAACUAAUUUCUCUUGUAUGAGAGGACACAGUAAAGACAGCAAGCAUGAAGCCAGACUAAAUUUUUAUUUUAUUGUUUCACUUCCUUCUGCUUAUUUUUAUGUUAGAUGGUUUCGAUUCAUUUCACGAUUAGUUAGCCUACCCUGAAGAAGGGACCACUGACUGAAGCAAUUCUGUAUGUUGCAAGUCUGAAUAUUUUUGAUUAAAUGAAAUUAAUCAGAUUUAUGUUUUU